GACCUUUGGUUUUAUAUGCGUGUGUUUUUGUUUUAUUUAAAACAAUAAAAGUAACAAUUGUGCUCCUGUUUACUCAUUGACAAUGGAUUAGUUCGGCGUUUCGGCGGAUUUAUUGUUUAAUUUCUCAUUUUAUUUUGUCAAAGAUCUGAUAUUUAUGCACCAAUGAAGUUGCUGCUGGUCUAUGUGACGUCACUGGUGCUGUCCGGGACGGCGGGACAGGCGACGCCCUUCUGCACCAAACUUAACAACACAGGCCCACCGCUGCCCGACCUUCCGGACCAGUACCAGACAGUGAUUGAGGCCAAUAUCGUAGAUCGCGGCAAGACAGUCACCGGAUACGAGUAUUACGACGGCCCCGGCAACCGAGCCACCCUCCAGAUGCGUCAAAACGACGCACUCUUUAGCCUCAUCUACGACUAUCAAAAUAACCAGCUCUUCUACGACUAUGGCAACGGCUCGUGCUUGACGGAAGAGUUAAAGGGCGACAGCAAUGACGUGUUCUUCGGUAACGGCUCCAUCAACGGCGUGCCGCACGUAUUCACGACAGGGGGUGCCCUACACUUUUCCAAGCAGUUCGGCGAGGAGUACCUGGGUGUGACGACGGUGAGGGGAAUCACGGUAGACCACUGGCAGAGUUGUCAAACUUGGCCACAGGUCGCUUCAACAUUCACACUAGACUACUACUUUACAGCUUCCAAUUGGACGGAUCCGUUGGGUCAGGGUGUGCAGCCAGUUCCGGUCCGCGCGGUGGCUAACGGGACCCAGACGUUUAAGGGCGCGGUCACUGGUCGGAGCUUCCUCCACUACUACGACUUUGUAGACUUUCAGCCCUCCAUUCCAGAGGACACAACAAUUUUUGAGACCCCUAAGGGUGUGGUUUGUGUGGGUCGGAAGGGCUUGCUGCCGAUCCCCGAGCUGCCGCGCUUCUACCACUACCGACAGGAGAUACUGGUCGCAGGGCACAGCGAGAUCUACCACGCCGACGUAUGGUACGACCGGGACAGCCAGUACAUCCGGUAUGAUUACCGUCAGCUCGUGCCCUCCCCGCCCCUCAACACUACUAACCCAGUCACGGAAGUGCACGACUUCAACUUCGGCGUGCGUUACCUGAAGAACCAGGUAACGGGACAGUGCGUGACGGACGCCAUCACCAACACCACAUUUGACGUGGGCGAGAAGACGUCGUUGCUGGUGAACGGCUCCCAGAUCUACGCCCUCCACAUGAAGGAUCCCAUGGCGCUCUUUUAUCUGGACUCAAACUACUCCUACACAGGAAUGCGGCCUGCCCGGGGGAUCAUGUGUAAGGUGUUCACGGCGGUCCGUAACGACUACAAUGUACCAGGGUUCGGACGCCAGAUGGCAGUAUUCGAGUACUACUUUCUCAAUGACAAUUCGUAUGAGGUUCCAGACGACGGUGACACGAUGCCCCGUGGCGUACCCGUCUCCCUCGAAGUCGCAGUCAAACAGCUGGGGCUAAAGGUGAGCUACAACUUUCUGGACUUUGACGAGAGCCACCCGGACAUUUCCUUGUUCGACGUGUCCGCCUGCUACUCCGAGUCCGCCAAAUUACAGUUCCAGGUCCGAUUCCCAGGUGCAUACAAGACAGGGACGUCCGUGGAGUUGUUGACGGAGGCGGCGAGCCUUUUGCGGGCAGCGGCUUCCGUGGACCCCAUCCGUCUUCAGGAUGUGCGCUUCGACUACGACAACUCGCAGAUCUACGUAUACGCCACACUCCUCGACAGGACGCCACCGCAAGCACAGUUCACCUUACUGUCAAACAAGGAGAUCGAGAAGCAAGAUGACCAAUCGUACGGCAGCAACGUCGUACACAACGUGUCGGAGUGCGCGAGAUCAUGCGUGAACUACGGGGGUUUCACCUGCGAGAGUUUCGACUUUUGCCCCAUGGACCCGGCCGGCGUCUGUCGUCUCAGCCGCUCACACAUCGGGGACGGGGGCAUCACAGUCGUGAACAGCACCUGCGACCACUUCUCACGUACGGUGCUAACACCCGGGGCUAACGAGCUUUCCCUAGUAGAGACGUUCGCGCUGAUCCAGAAUAGCGUCUAUAACGGCCAGCUUACCAUCUAUAUAAACAUACCCGGCCUAGAAAACCCGCUUCAGUACACGGCGGUUGAGGUGCGGGUGACGUUUGGGUACCUGAUGCCACGCCCCCUGCCGACAUUGAGCGGCCAGUUCUCGUACCACCUCGAGAUUACCGUCCCAAGGUACACGGGCGUCAUCAACUCACACAUUUUCUACGACUCUGACUUCCGUUUAGUUCGUUACGACCUUGUGAACACACAGCCCAUGCCGCCCUUGUACACCAGCGACCCCAUCUCAACCAUCCACGACUACUCUUCCGGUCUGUCGUACACACUGGACAAGGCACAAGGGAACUGCACCAUCGCUCCUAUCACCAACACGUCGUUUGACGAGGGCACCGGAAACGCCGGCUACGUGGUGAAGAUGAAGAGCCCGCUUGAACUCUUCUACUUGAACGGAAGCUACAUUUACGCCGGACAGAAAACCGUACGUGGCAUCUUCUGUGACGUGUUUGAGGCGACGCGAUCCGACUUCAAGUACGGGAAGGACACGGUCACUGAGCCCGCCGUCUUCCAGUUCUUCUUCAUGUCUAGCGACUGGCACGAGCUGUCGGAGGACAGUGGAACAGCGGUCAGGUCCCAGCCAAUAGCUCUCACUAUCAGCGCCAUCUCCGGCAGCUACACAUUGACGUACGAUUUUUACGACUUCAGCGAACAGCACCCAGACUUGCGCAACUUCGACAUCCGGCCGUGCUUCGUCGGGAAACAGUUGAGACAUUUCCUCAUAAAAUUCCGAGGUAACUACCAUCCGACGUUAGACCGAAACCUGAAGCAGUUCACGAAGAACACGCAGCAAAUGUUGUCGUUCUAUACCUCGGCGUCGUUCCUCCGCUUCCAGGAUCCGUCCAUCACGUACACGGACGACGGUUACGUGUACUACCUCGCUACCAUGGUAGAGCAGGCGCCAUACCUCCUGGACUUCACGAAGACGCCCAAUCAGGUAUCCGUGUACUCGGCUGACCAAAUAAUUUCCGGUGUAAACAGCGAAUACGCAUGCGCCUCAUUCUGCAGGAACUCCACCAAGAUUGACUGCGAGGGGUUCGAUUACUGUCCGUCGGCGCGGCGUUGUCAGCUCAGUCGGAGACACGUUCCAGGCAGUACAGCACCCGUCCGCCAGAGCGACAUCUGCGACCACUACACAAAGACCGUGGACAGUGUAGCACCAAUAGAGCCGUCAGUAGACGAGGCGUUCAUUAUCAUCAAGGACGUCGUCUACACUCGUGGCUUUAACGUCUCCGUGCACGAUGACGUCAACGCACAGACGGUUGUGUACCACGCGGUGUUGUUCGAUGAAGACAUUCUCCGUCCCGACUCAACGGCAACCACAAGUGUAAACCUUCAACACUUCAUCCCGGCCCGUCACCGCGUGCUCAUCAAUACACCGGUAGUGACAUUGAAGGGCGUGUCUGUGGACCAGUGCGCGGCACGCUGCCUGGGUGAGGCGACGUUUGACUGCCAGUCCUUCGACUACUGCUUCGACACCGGGGGUUGUACGAUGAGCGACCAGCACGCAGACAGGGGACUUGCGGUCACGGCCACACGGGCGCUCUGUGAUUUGUACUCGCGUUCGUACCUGGACAGUUAUGACGCGUAUCCGGGACAGACGCUCGAACUCCCUGGUGCCAUCACUAUCACGGAUGUGUCGUCUGUUAACUUCUGUGCCGAAAAAUGUUCCAAGAGCACAGUGAACACAACGGGUGUCGUCUGCAAAUCAUUUGAUUACUGCUCAGGCAGCAACACGUGUAUCCUAAAGGCAAAGCACGUGCUCGACAUGCCGAAAUCCGCGCUACACACGAGCGCCACAUGCUCGCACUUUUCACGUAAAUAUAUCAACGAUUUCGACAAGACUCCGGGCCGCCAGUUCAGCACUUACGAGCAAAUUGUCUCCUCCAAUGUAUCGAAGGACGCAUGCGCGAAAUUGUGUGUGGAGAAUAGUGACGCCACCUGCCAGGCGUUCUCGUACUGUCAGAACUCCGGCCUUUGCGUCAUCACGGGGCUCAGUCCGCGCCUUAAUAGAGCAAACAUUUCUUCCAACACCUCCUGUGACCUCUACACAAGACGAUAUUUCCCUGUCGAUUCCAGUGGUAAAGGACCCACAACGGGACAACAAAAAGGAUCAAGCGGUAGCCACGGAUAUACUGGAGGCGCGAUGGCAGGCCUGGCAUUGGGAAUGCUGAUCCCAGGAAUGGUUCUGGGCGCCGCGCUCCUCUACUUCAUGCGCACCAAGCGUCUAGUCCGCGAGGAGCAGCUCCGGAUGGGAUUCAUGGACGGCUCAAGCCGCCGGAGGGCGGAGGACAUGGAGCACAUCAAAGAACCGGAAGACGCGCUACCGCCACAUAUACCCUCGUAUGACACCCCACACUAGCCAGCGAAAGAAUCUGGGCGUUAAUCGAAUAUUAGAUGUAUACUUGAUCAAUGACAAGGUCGUUAUCAUACUGAUUUCGUCUAUACGGCGAGGCUUAUAAGUACAAUAAACGUUGACGGUACACAAUUGUUUCGAGCUAUAGUUUGUUUGUGAUAUCUUAUUUCAGUUACUCGUAAUGUAUGUACAUUCUAAGUAUCAAAGCCGGAGUCAAUGGCGAACUAACUUAAAAGAGAAAAUAUAAAAAAUACUGAUGUAUUCAAGAGUUUUUUACCCGUGUAUAUUGUUACUACAUUUCGUUAAGUUUAAAAAGCUAUUCUAAUGGUGCGAUUAAGUGUAUGUUUGUGAUAUUGAAAUACAUGUAUUGCAGUUUUAUAA